AUGGCCGAUCCUAUUUCACUGGUGGCUGCGGGGGUAGGAAUCGGUGAUGUUGCAUUUCGGCUCAUCACCUAUCUCAAAGGCAUCAAAGCAGCCGCUAAGACUAUAGACGAAGACAUUGAAGGACUGAUCAAUGAGAUUGAAGGUCUCCAAAAGGUUCAUGGUCACCUCGAGAAAGAAUAUCUCCAGAGUAUGACUAACGUCGACAUGGGAGACGACGAGAGGGGCCUUUGGACAAGCACAGGACAAACUCUCAAGAACGGUCAGAAGCUUACAAAGAAGCUUGAAGAAUCAGUGCAGUCUAUCUACGGUGAUCAUAAACUCGUCACUAGCAGGUUGGACGGCUGGGAAAAGGCGCGUAGAAAGAAAAGCAAAGACAGCAUGAUCUCUGGACUUCGAGACCAGAUCAACACAUAUCAGGGAGCCCUACAAAUGUUGCUCGGUUUCAUUUCCAUGCAAUCUACUCGUGAAAGCCACAAGGAUCAGAAUGCCCAGCUCGACAAAUUGGUAACUGAUUUCCAAGAGUUGAAGAGUCGAAUGGAACAACAAGCGCAGUACACACCGUUACCCUUAUAUGAAACCGUGACUACCACAACAGCCUAUCGCGACUUCAACGUGGAAUCUGUGUCAGUCGUGAACCAGCUCGGCAUUGCAAUCGACAAUAUUGCGCACAAUCCAGUGUCCGACGCCUCGGUGACAAACGAACAUUUUGAUAUUCCGAAACCCGUCGAUCCGUUUUAUACUGGUCGUGAAGACUACGCAGAACGAUUGCGUAGCUGGAUGCUACCGAAUCAUUCUCGGAAGCAACGCGGUACAUCGGCUGUCAAAGCAGAACAAAAGCGUUUCGUUGUGUAUGGGCUUGGAGGUGCAGGGAAGACACAGUUCUGCUCCAAGUUUGCUGAAGACAAUCGCCAAUACUUCUGGGGAGUCUUUUGGGUAGAUGGUAGCAGCCGGUCGCGGUUGAAACAAACCUUCUCUCAGAAUGUGUCAAAGAUUGGAAAAGUCGAUCUCAACGAAAAUGCUGCACUCCAUUGGUUAUCAAACCUAAGUCUUCCUUGGCUUCUUAUCAUCGACAAUGCUGAUGACCCUGAUCUCAAGCUUGCGGAUUAUUUUCCUCGAGGCAAUCGAGGUCACGUUCUUGUAACAACCCGUGACCCUGGGAAGAAGUCGUUUGGUACUGCUGGUGAUAGAUUUUUUGAAUUCCAAGGACUAAGUACCAGCGAUGCAAGUAAUCUACUGCUGAAAGCAGCCGGCCAAUCGGAACCAUGGGACACGGUCGUAUCCAACAUUGCUUUGAAGAUCGCGAAAGCCCUUGGUUAUCUUGCAUUGGCAAUCACGCAUGCGGGUAGAGCCAUUCGCGAAGAGUAUUGUAAGCUGAGCGAGUAUUUACACUACUACGAACGUCAAUGGGAAGCGACAAGACAAACCAGACUUCCAGUGAAAGACAAGGAUGCCGCCGACGAGUUGAGCGUCUUCUCAACUUUCGAGUUGAACCGAGAAGCUAUCGAGAACCGAGCGACAAGAGCAUCUCGAGACGCCCUUCAAUUGCUUGAUACCUUUGCAUUUCUUCACAACCAAGACAUUAGAUACGACUUUUUGCAACGAUCUAUUGAGAAUGCCAAGGUUGAACAUAUGAAGGAAACAUUCGCUAAACCGUUACAGGUCAUCCGAGAUGGACGUGAUAAGAAGGAGAUGAACGAAGAUCGACUACGUCUAGCUUUACGGCAGUUGACUCAAUUUUCACUCAUAAUAAAAGGCCACAACUCCGAAAGCUACUCUAUGCACCCCCUUGUGCACAAAUGGGCGCGUGAGCGACCUGGUAUGAGUAUCGCAGCGCAAGGAGUUUGGGCCGAGGCAGCCGCAAUGCUACUAUCACACUGCAUUCUGAUCCCACCGCUUGGCAAUACGGAGGAGGAGGAAGAAGUCCGGAAACAUAUCCUCCCCCAUGUCGAUCACGUACGCCAAUGUCAGCAAUCUAUAGAGCAACGCAUGAGGGACAAGCGCAUGGCACGGAUGAAGCCAUGGCCGGUAUUCGAUGGUGGCUUUGAUAGGGGCAAAGCUAUAACAUAUGCUAAGUUCAGUCUCGUUUACAUGCAGAAUGGACGAUGGGAUGAGGCCAAGCGACUACAAACUGCAGUAAAAGAUUUCACGAGCCAAAUCCUAGGCAUGAAGCACCCUGUCACUCGUCGCGCCACUAGACUACUGGCCAUGACCCUCUUCAACCUCGGCCAAAGCGAAGACUCAGCUAAGCUGGAAAAAGAAGUCCUGGACGCUUGUGUGCUUUUCUUGGGCGCCGAUCAUCAGGAGACACUGGUAGCCAAAUUCACUCUUGGAAAGGCGCUUUUCUUGCAAGGAAAAUUUAGCCAGGCCAAACUUCUCCAAGAAGAGGCGGUCGAGGGGCUCACUAAACUGAUAGGCCUGGACCACGAAGAUACCCUUGAUGCAAUUGACCGGCUUGGUCAGACUUUACUCAUGUUCUACACCAAAGAGCAUGUAGCUCGUGCCCGUCAAUUGUUUGUCACCGCAUCAGAAGGCAUGGAGAAGUUGCAUGGAGAUGAGCAUACACGUACACUCGAAGCGCGGGAACACCUUUGCGGUUCUGCCAUUCGGACGGGGGACAAAAGUCAUUUGGACGAAGCGCAUGCGAUGAUGAUAAAGAUUCUGGAGGUCCGAAAGGAAAAACUUGGCAAAGAACAUGCCUAUACACUACUUGCGAUGGUGAAUCUCGCUCUCGUAAAAUGCGCGAUGGGUAUGCUUCAUGAAGCAGAAGCACUUCUCCAGUAUGGCUUACCUAUCGCUGCACGCAAUUUAGGUGAAGGCCACAUCGCCUAUCUCUGGGGCCGUUAUCACCUUGGCCGAGUUUGGGUGCUUCAGGAGAGAUGGGAGGAGGCAGUAACCUAUCUACUUGAUGUCACAGAGAGACAGCGCUACACAUUACAAGGAAGAGGCGAGUUUCAUCCCGAUAGAAUUGGCGGCCUGAUUGAACUAGCAACAGCAUACAACGCGCUGGGAAAAGUUGAAGAAUGCGAGAGGGUGACUGAGGAGGCUUUGGCUGCGUUAGCAAAGAUAUCUACAACUGAACAUCCCGAGGCAAAGAGGUUAACGGAAAACAGAAAUAUCUGGAGGCAGCGGAGAGCAAAAAGUAUGGAGUGUCUGCCGCGCGAAGAUUCAGCACAUCCCAUCGAGGAGCAUGUCGGAACAAUUUCUGGAUCGAUAUAG